UGUCAACUGCCUAUUUCGUUUCCAUUGGCCAUCAUCCCGCCCCAUUCGAUUGAAUUCAUAAGAAUGUCUACUCGAAGAACACCGAGCUUUCUAUUGACGAACAACUGAUCAUUUUGACGCUUCAUUUCAUGGAAAAAGACAUCAAUCGGCCCGAGGAGGCCACAUCAAGUCCCUCCGGAACAUAUUUACCAUAUGACCAGCAGACUUACAGUACUGAGUUUAGCACACUAGAAGUGGUCCACCAUAGUGACUUGGAGCCGUACAAACGAGCCUCUCAAGCAGGACAUCCGACAUUCUGGCAAAACAAAGAUAGUCAAUAUCCCAUGUAUGGCCCGGCUACUUCCGAGCCUGGGUUUUCCACUUCCAUCAGUGCAGCACAUCCACAAACACCACCGCAAACAUUCAUUUGUGGGUUACCGAAACGGACAUUCUGGAUAAUCUUCGCUGCCGUCGUUGGCGUUUGUUUGGUCGCAAUUAUUGUCGGAGGGGCAGUUGGGGGUACACAUCAUCAAUCAUCCAAUGUCGCAGCAGCCAACAGUCAGGCCUCUUCAUCAGACCAGGCUGCUUUACAGGGACCUACCACAGCUUUUGUAACCGUCACCGUUGGCCCUACGUCGACCGUGUCCCCUUCUCUCACAACUACCAGUGCUACGAAAACGACUUCCGUCUGUGUUGGAGGUACAGGAGUAGGAAACUAUGUUGGUCUAUGCGCUUUUGCCUGCAGCUACGACUACUGUCCACCUGGCCCAUGUACCUGCACGAGCUCAGGUAUCCCUGUUCCGACGCCCCCAACAACUGGUGUAGAUGGUGUUCCUCUGUCCGGUGAGGAUGAUUCGUAUCUGGGCUUGUGCAGUUACUGUUGCAAUCAUGGAUAUUGUCCAUCCAGUGCCUGCAAGACCAAGGCAGCUUAAACAAUCGGCCGAUAAGGAGGGCUUCAUCUAGACCUUAUUUUACAUAAGUCUCUUAAUGUUCUCAUUAUUAUUACAAAUAAUCACUGGUAUAGAGUGUUUGUUGUGUGGUUUGACACAACCGCUUCAAUACUUGGAGGUUUAUUCG